AUGAACGCUGAGUGGUAUCUUCGCACGUCGGCGAUUUUUAAGUUUUAGGUCAUCGCAGGAUGGCGAAUUGUGGUGUAUUGUGAAGUUUCUUGUUGCUUUACUUGUGUUUCUUAAAGGGAUGAUCAUUUAGGUGUGCUGUGAAAAACUUACCUCUCCACUGACCUGAUUUCAGAACUUCGUUUUUCACCUUACCUUAACAAGCGCUCACUGUGUCCAACACUUGAACCGUAAAAACAUUAACGUAUACUCGUUUUGUUGAGCCUCGGAUGUUUCUGUGUCGGCGAGUAGCUGCCUAGAUGAAUGUGCAGUGUAGUUGUGGUGUCGGUCUAGGAGAAUAGGACAGGGAGCUCGACUCCAUCAAUUUCGGAAGUGUUUCAGGGUGCCGACUGACGAUGUACCCAGGAAUGUUGCUACCGUUGGUAUGCGUGGUCCUCUGCUGUGUAAUGCCAUCACAGCAGCAAACGAAAGGUUUUCAGUUGGAUCCUGCUGAUUACAGCAGCACCACGGGAGGGUUUGCCUUCUUCCAGCUGAUUGUAGCCGAUGGAGUCACAGGAGAUGGUACCUGGUACAGAAACAACGUCGCACUGAGCCAGGACUCCAUCAAGAUAGUCAUAACAACCUCGGGUGAAGUUAGACAAAUCGUCAUUCAGAGCAUCGUGGCGGCAGACGCUGGCACCUACACAUUCCGUGUAAAUAACUUUGAGGUAUCAGCUGUCCUCACUGUAGACGGGAACACAGGGGUUACACCUGCCAUCCAAACUGGACUACAGAGCUUCAAUGUAGCACCGGGAACAACAGUGACCUUUGAGACAACACUCUCCCAAGCAAAUGUCAACAGCGGAACGUGGAGAAGGAAUGGAACGGUGCUAACCAGCUCUGACAAAUAUCAGAUCACAGUGGUAGGACAAACUCAAAGUUUGGUCAUCACAAACGUCCAGUCCUCUGAUGCGGGGCAAUAUACCUACCAGGUUGGCUCUCUGACAACAACGGGAACACUGACAGUACAAACAGCCCUGAGCAUACUUAACGGACUGCAGAGCUUCAAUGUAGCUCCGGGAACAACAGUGACCUUUGAGACAUCACUCUCCCAAGCAAAUGUCAACAGCGGAACGUGGAGAAGGAAUGGAGCGGUGCUAACCAGCUCUGCCAAGUAUCAGAUCACAGUGGUAGGACAAACUCAACGUUUGGUCAUCACAAACGUCCAGUCCUCUGAUGUGGGGCAAUACACCUACCAGGUUGGCUCUCUGACAACAACGGGAACACUGACAGUACAGACAGGUAAGAAUCGAUCUAUGUCAUAUUUCAUUUCCUAUGACAAGCAGCAUUUACCAAUUUGUCAAACACAUUAACAUUUGCUACAUAUGUGUGUAGAGCAGUCGUUUUGCGUUCAAUCAAAAUAACUGUAGUUGCGAAGGAAACUAAACAUGCAAUAUUGCAAAUGAUCCAUCAGGCUUUGUUUUAUUUCACUUUCUCACAUUAUUCAAAGUAAGUAAAAGUGACCAAAGGGAAAAUUGUCAUAUGUUCUGAUCAUGUCUUUGAUCAUAAAGUGGUCAAUGUACGAAUUGUUUCAUUCUUGUGUUACUCUUGGAUCCAAAGAAAGAUAAUACACAAAAACAUUAACAUUCGAUGUACAAUAUACUACACUCAGUAAUGACUGUGAAAGCACAAUUUCAUCGGAUAGGCAAAUGCAAAAAUGUUGAAUCAAGAUCUACACAAAUUUUGUAUCAAUCUUACUUAACGUUGAGAUAACUAUUGCGAUCGAUCCUUAAUAGAUGUUUAACCGUCACAUGCUGAAAACUAGUUUUCUUUUAUCUAAUGAUACAAAUGACGAUAUCAAGUGUCAGUGAUGUUUUCAUCCUUGAACACAGGGAUCCAUUGGACGUUAUUUAUACUUCUUAGCAUGAAAGCAUGUGAAUUUAAUUACACUGAAUGUUGUCAAGUAAGCCUAAUUGAACGUCAAGUCUCUUAGUUCGUGUUGAUCAAUUCCAUUUACAAUGUCACAGAACAUAGACUGCUAAGACGAUUGAUGACAAUGCUAAGUAAUUGUUUGAUAGGCAUUACUUUGAAUUUGACGG